UGCACCCCUUCCCUCGCGCGGGUGCGGGGCCGUGCCCGUUCCCCCGCUCCGGCAUGGGGGAGAAGUAUAGCGGGCAGGCCUUGGCCGGCGGCGGAGUACUGGGGCCCGUGGAUGUGCCCAGCGCCCGGCUGACUCGGUAUAUCGUCCUGCUGUGCUUCGCCAAGGUUUUGAAAGCUGUGGGGCUGCUUGAAUCCAACGAUCUUCUGAAAGGGGUCCACCUUGUGCAGUUUUUCUUUAUAGUACAGCUGGGGUCUGCAUUUUUUAUGGUUUUGUUUCAAAAAUCAUUUUCUUCUGGAAAAGUGAUAACCAAGCAUCAGUGGAUCAACAUUUUUAAGCAUGCUGUUGUGGGAUGUAUCAUUUCACUCUUGUGGUUUUUUGACCUUACUCUUUGUGGACCACUGAGGACACUGUUGCUGUUUGAGCACAGUGAUGUGGUUGUGCUAUCACUCCUUAGUGUCUUGUUCACAAGCUCAGGUGGAGGACCAACAAAGGGAGGAGUACUGCUUCUGGUACUGACAUUGUGCUGUAAGGUUGGUUUUCACAUGGUUUCCCAAAAGCUAUCUGUAGAUGUAGGUGGAGCCAAGUGUCUUCAAGCUUUGUCUCAUCUUGUUUCUGUCCUUCUGUUGUGCCCAUUGGUCAUCGUCCUCUCUCUGACAACAGAGAGUAGAGUAGAGUCUUGGUCUUCUCUCAUCAUGCCUUUCAUAACAGUCGUCUUUUUUGUUGUGAUCCUGGAUUUCUAUGUGGAGUCCAUAUGCUCUGUCAAGAUGGAAGCUUCCAAGUGUGCUCGAUAUGGAUCCUUUCUUAUUUUCAUUAGUGCACUGCUUUUUAGCAACUUUUGGACACAUCCAAUAACAGACCAGCUUUGAGCUAUGAACAAGCCACCACACCAUGAAAGCACAGAGCACAUUCUUUCUGGAGGAGUGGUAGUGAGUGCUGUCUUCAUUUUAUGUACGUAUUCUUAUUUAUCUUUUAAUAAAUCCAUUGUCCAUGUGACUGGGAAGCCAAU